UAUUAUUGUUUACCACUUUAUUUAUACAUUAAUGAGGUUGCUAAGUCUAUGAAUAUUUUUUGUUUCAACACUGAACUUAGCGCACUCUGCUGGUGCACUUGAAAACUAAUUCAUGUUCCAAUUAAGCAUUAGCACAAUGCGACAUUGUGCGACACUGAGUCGCAUUAUGCUCUGUAAUUGGAAAACGGGGCUUACCUCUACCCUCCAUAGUGCCACCAUACCAACCUAUCACUACGCUAUCUAUAUGUUUGUAAACUGCAUUAAAAUGUGCAGGGACCUUCAGUAUCGCAUUCCAACAGUUUAGUACAACCCCUAUGUAUUUUAGUAGGUGUGUGUUGUGGGUAAAUUCUUUUACUUUUUUGAAGUUAUAUUAUGGUAUAUUUAUCAAGAUAAUGGCUAUAGAUAAGUGUGAAAAAAUUCAAUCGUAUGUAGUCAAUCUAAUAAUACUAAAACUAAGAAACAGCCUUCUACAGUAGUGUUCCUGUAAUUAAUUUUUAUUAAAAUAAACGGAUGUUAAUAAUCUCCAUGUAAAAUGAAGUAUUCGAGCGUGCAAGUAGAUGUUUACGAGGUAGAUUUGCGUCAAAACCACCUCUCAGAUCUUAUAUAUGAUAAUAUGACGGAAUCUGCUAAUGAAACCAUAGAAUUAGUUUGUGAAAAUUCUCAUGAAGAAAGUUCUAUGGUUUCUAAUCUUCCACUUCUAUUUGUUAAUGGGUAUCCAACUUCUUUAGAAAAUAUGACAUUGACACAGUUAGAAAAUUUUGUAACAUUUAUGAUUGAGUGUUCAUCAGGACAUGAUAUUAACGAAGUUAUAAAUAAACCAGAAUGGUGGCCUGAAGAAAUAAAAUUUUCUAAUCCUCUAAUACGACCUAAAAAGUUAACAGACAAUUGGAUUGCAAAUCUAAAAAAAAUAGUGCUCAGAUGUUAUACAUAUCAUGAAAGUGAAUAUUUGUUACGUUUUUGUUCAUUUCUUGCACGAUAUUCACACGAAGAAUUAGGCUAUGUUAAUAAUUGGGAUUCCACUACCAGUUUAUAUCACAAAAGUACUAAUAAACUCUUAGUAACAUUCCGUAAUGAGAAUAUGAAUUAUGAUAAGAAGAAUGAAAAUCUAAGGAAAACAUUACUUUUUCAUAAUGGAAUUACAUCCAAUUUUGCUAAUAAAUCUAAACAACAAACACAGUCUUUUAUGAUGGUUCAACCGCCUUGUGAUGACAUAUAUCUUUGCGACAACUGUGAUGCAGAAUUCGUUGGACUUGAAAAAAUGAAGGAGCAUGAGCUGAUUUGUUGUGAACAACAAUAUCACGAAAGCAACAGUUCACGUCCCAACACACCAGACUUCUCUAUCAAUCAACCAGAAACAGACCAAAAUGAAUUUUUAGAAUAUUUUCAAUUACGUUCGAGAGAAAAAGAAGGCGAAGUAACUGUGUCAAAUAAAAGCGAAGCGAUUAAUAAUACGUAUAUAGCAACUAGGACCUCGUCUCGUGUUAGAGGAUCAAUUAAUUUAACUAAAUCUCGAGCAAUUCCAUUUUCUUCACCUGCUGGUAUGAUAUUAGCCAAAAAAUCUAAAACAAUGACUGAAGAAACACAACAAGAACGAUUAGAAAGAAUAGAAAGGCAUGUACUUGCACCACCUGUAACAAGUUCGUGUAGACCAAAAUGGUUAGAUAAAGAAGAUGAACGUGAUAAGUGGGUUACAACAUAUAAAUUCAGUCGAGAUAAACAAAUUGAUUAUGUACAUCAAUAUAAGUUUUCUGAUGCUUUAAAAGGAAAACCAAUUUUGGAUAUAAAAUCGCAAAUUCUAUAUGCUGCUUGUCGACCCGUUUUUGUUACUCUCGCAAAAUUAAAUCAAAAACAAAUAGAAGAUUAUAAACACAAUUCUCUCAAACAUCGAAAUUCUUCUACGAGACGAUCAUAUAAAAAAGCUGGACCAGCAUCAAAAACUAAAUUAAAGAUAUUGGAAGAAGUACCAGUUAAAAAAAUGAUAACAGAAGAAAGUAUGCCAAUAAUACAAUCUAAUACACCAUUUGUUACAUCUUUUAAUAAUUAUUCUGAAAAUAAAUCAGUCACUAAAGAUAGUACAAAUGAAAUAACAGAAAUAACAUAUUCAGUAAAACAGAAAUCAAUUAUGGUUAUUGAUCUUUGUUCAUCCGAUGAAGAAGAAAUUGAGAAGACACUUAAAUUUGAUGAAAAUCGGGAUCCAAUGAAUUCUAUACUCGCAGAAAAUUCAUUACCUAUUUUAUCACCAAAUAAAGUUCGUUCAAAAGCUUGCAUUUAUCCUAAAAAUUCAAAUCAUUGGUUAAUGCAAAGUAUUUUUAGUGAAGAUAAUGAAAAUCAUGUAAAUCGAUGUCACAUUGGUGGCGUUUUAAACACACGCAUCCAAAUUUCUCCUGUAUUAAGACCAGCACCAUAAAAUAUAAUAGAAUAUUUUCAUUUUGAA